CGCGACGGAGCCGGAGCGAGGGUGACCGCCCGCGGGGGACACUGUGCUGUGCCGCUGGCCUCGGAGGACUUUUACUAUAAUUACCAUCAUUGUUAUUAUUAUUAUUAUUAUUGGGGUUUUAAUUUUUUAAUUCUUUCGCGGGGCAGCGGUUUUUUCCUCCUCCUUCGGCGCGGUGGAAAACACACGUUUUAGACCAAAAUCCCAAACCAGCCCAUCCAUCCUCUUUGCUUUGCGCUUCGCAGCAACUUGGAGCCCGUUAAUUGCACUUGGCGAUGGAUGAGUUCCACCCCUUCAUUGAGGCGCUGCUCCCCCAUGUCAGGGCCUUUGCCUACACCUGGUUCAACCUGCAGGCCCGCAAGCGCAAGUACUUUAAGAAGCAUGAGAAGAGGAUGACGAAGGAUGAGGAGAGGGCGGUGAAGGACGAGCUGCUGAGCGAGAAGCCGGAGGUGAAGCAGAAAUGGGCUUCGCGCCUCCUCGCCAAGCUACGCAAGGACAUCCGGCCCGAGUGCCGCGAGGACUUCGUGCUCUCCAUCACGGGCAAGAAGCCCUCGUGCUGCGUCCUCUCCAACCCCGACCAGAAAGGCAAGAUGCGCCGCAUCGACUGCCUGCGGCAGGCAGACAAAGUGUGGCGGCUGGACCUGGUCAUGGUCAUCCUCUUCAAAGGGAUCCCGCUGGAGAGCACCGAUGGCGAGCGCCUGGUCAAGUCGGGCCAGUGCACCAACCCCAUCCUCUGCGUCCAGCCCCACCACAUCAGCGUCUCCGUCAAGGAGCUCGACCUCUACCUGGCGUACUUCGUCCGUGAGAGAGAUGCAGAGCAGAGCGGCAGCCCCCGGACAGGCAUUGGCUCGGACCAGGAGGACAGCAAACCCAUCACGCUGGAUUCGACAGACUUCCAGGAAAGCUUCGUCACCUCGGGGGUGUUCAGUGUCACCGAGCUCAUCCAGGUGUCCCGAACGCCAGUGGUGACGGGCACUGGGCCAAACUUCUCCCUGGGGGAGCUGCAGGGCCACCUGGCCUAUGACCUGAACCCCUCCAGCACCGGCAUGAGGAGGACACUGCCCAGCACCUCCUCCAGUGGGAGCAAACGGCACAAGUCGGGGUCCAUGGAGGAUGACAUUGACACCAGCCCUGGGGGCGAGUACUACACCUCCUCCAACUCCCCCACCAGCAGCAGCCGCAACUGGACAGAAGACAUGGAAGGGGGCAUCUCCCCCACUGUGAAGAAGACAGAGAUGGACAAGUCCCCCUUCAACAGCCCAUCACCCCAGGACUCCUCGCCCCGGCUGAGCAGCUUCACGCAGCACCACCGUCCUGUCAUCGCUGUGCACAGUGGUAUCGCCCGAAGCCCACACCCAUCGUCUGCGCUGCAUUUCCCCACCACCUCCAUCCUUCCCCAGACAGCCUCCACCUACUUCCCGCACACGGCCAUCCGGUACCCGCCUCAUCUCAACCCGCAGGACCCGCUCAAAGAUCUCGUCUCACUGGCCUGCGACCCGUCCAACCAGCAGCCCGGACCGUUAAAUGGAAGUGGUCAAGUGAAAGUGCCCAGCCACUACCUGCCCACGCAGAUGCUGGCGCCGCCACCUCCCCCUGGCAUGCCCCGCUUGGCCGUCUCUCCUGACACCAAAUCCACCACGACAACUUCCGAGGGAGGGACGACCUCGCCGACAUCACCCACCUACUCUGCACCAGGCACGCCCCCUGCGAACCGUUCCUUCGUGGGAUUAGGACCAAGGGAUCCUGGGAGUAUCUAUCAGGCACAGUCCUGGUACCUGGGAUAACCGCCGCCGUGCCGCCCCUUCGCCUCCCUUCUUCUCUGCUUUAGGCACCCCCAGAGGAACAUCCCCGUCCCCGAGCACCAGGCCCAGCCUUGUGGUGACGACGGAGAGUGCGGCCUCACGACGACGACAACGACGACAAGCAAAACCCACACCCGAAGGAAAGAGCAAGGCAAAGGAAGAAGGAAAAGGGUCAAACUGUUUUAAAAUGGAAAAAAAAAAAAAAACAAACCCACAAACAAAAAACAAACAAACAAACCAACAACUCAUCCCAGGAGGACCUUCUCCCCAACCCCGGCGAUGCGCCAGAAAACAAAGAAACAGGAAAAAAAAAAAAAAAAAAAAAAAAGAAAAAAACACUAUUAUUUACCCCGUCGGCCGGCGCCGCGCUGAGACCUGACACAAGCGGUGCCAGCGAUGCCUCCCGGAGCGGCCACAGGGCCGCGGCGCCGAGCCCCGCCGGCCGCUCGCCGAAUAUGCAAACGGCUUUGACUCUCUCGUUCUUGCCUCUAUGUGAGUAAAAAAGAUCAAAACCUCCCCCGCCGACCCCCCCGGCCCCAGACUGUCGGGGGAUCCCGGGGCUGAGGUGGGGAACCCCUCCCGCUGCCGCGGCCCCGCGGAGCGGGCGCUCUCGCGGUCGGGCGGGUGACGCUCGGUGCUGUGCGAGCGCCCCGGGGACGGUGACAUCGUGCUGCGGUGACACGGUGACGGUUGUGCGGUGGCGCAGUGGAUCGAGCGGGUGGCACGGGAGGAGGGGGCUUGUGACCACAGAGGGUGCAUGGGCACGGCCAGAGAUGGUCGCGGCGGUGGUGGCACCUCGGUUCCCACUCGGACACGGUGUCGGGACGCUCCCACCACGGCCCCACACGUCACGGGGGCGGUGGCAUCCCGAUUCCAUCGGGGACGCGGCACGGGGACUGUCGCAGCCCGGCGGCCACCGUCGCGCCGAAGCACCGGUCACCAUCUCUCUGGUCGCCUUCCUCCCCCAAGCCUGCACCGGCCCGGGCCCCGUGUGUCCCCACUCGUGUCCUUGUGUCCCCGGCGUACCCUCGCGCCCGGGGGUUCCGCGGGGCUGGGGGAUGGGGGGCGUGCGUCCGUGUGUUUGAGCUAUGCAUUCCUGUGGACAGGUACCAGGUGGGAGGCAGGGUGCGCUCGUGUUGCACAUUUUGUAGGAAAUGCACUUUUAAGAGGGAAUCAUGAAAAAAAAAAAAAAAAAAAAAAAGGAGGAAAAAGAAGAAGAGAAAAGAAAACAAAAUCACAAAAAAGGGGAAGAGGAAGAGGAAAGAGGAGGAGGAGGAGGUGGUGGAGUCCCCGGCACCGGCUUGCCGGGACGGCUGGUUUGGGGUUUUUGGGUUUGGUGGUUUUGUUUUUUUGGGUUUUUUUGUUUUUUUUUUUUUUUUUUUUUUUUUUUUGGGAUACAAAAGGAUGGAGCAAAAAAGCCCGAGCGACGACGAGGGCAGAGCCAGCCCCCCUCGGAGCCCCUCGAAGUCUCCCGGAGCCCCCAGCCCCGCGUCAAGUGCCUGAACUGCGGCGGGGAGGGGUCCCGUCCUUCCCAGAGGAGCCCCCGGCUGUGGCAGCGCAGGAGGAAGCGCUCGGCCGUCCCCGUCCCGUGCGGUGACAGCGUGGCCUGGAAGGAGACACAGGGACGUGGCAGUGCCUUAGAGCAGAGGGACCCCCGCGACGGCCGAGGCGAGGAGGAGGAAGAGGACGAAGUGCCCGUUGUCCCCAGCGAGAUGAGGAGACUGGUCCCCAAAGGAUCUCUGGCCCAGGGGACACUUGAAGGGUGGUGAUGGAGAGAAGCCACCGUGGAGGUCCAGGAGCUGGGGAUGUCACCGAGGCCACCGUCGCCACCCGCCUGGCCCCGUCCCCUGGCACCCAGAGCCGCCCCGACCAGCGGCAUCGUAUCUCCCAUCCCAGUGGCCCCUGCUUCUCCCCCGCUUCCCCCCGCUUCCCAUCCCCCCGGGACGGCACAACGAGACACCGGGGAAAGGGCUGACGCAGGAAAUCCCGGGAGACAGAAAAAUAAUAAAAAGGACAAGAAAAGGAGAAAACCCACCAAAAAAAGAAAAAAAAAAAAAAAAAGAAAAAAAAAGAAAAGAAAAAACAACAAAAAAAGCGCUUGGCGGAGAGGGAAACCUGUUUUUGUUUUUUUUUUUUAAGAUCUGAGAAAAGAAACACAUAAAAAAAGAUAAAAAGACAAAAAAAAAAAAAAAAAAAGAAAAGGACAAAUAAACUGCAUGGUGCUUUAACAGGAUCUGGUGACCUGGCUCAACCCAGCCGCGGCUGGCUGAUGCUGUGCAUGGCAGACUCUUAUUAACCGGCUCUACCUUCCCCUUCAGCAAAAGAGAAAAAAAGAGGAAAAAAACCAACAAAAAAAAUCUGUAUAAAAGAAAAAAACAGCCGAAAAAAAAAAAACCACACACAAGAAAAAAAAAAUCCAUGUUUUCCUAAUUUGCACGAAAUUUUAUACCACAUGAUGUGCCUUGCCUUCGAAGCCUAAGUAUUACUGGACCCGAAAUCAGCGCGAGGGAGUCGCUGCAUGCCCGGGGCUCCCGGGGGGCCGGGGGGGCCGGGGGCCGCUGCCCCCCCCUCGCCUCCUGCAUGGCUUCUUCUCGGCCGGAAAAGUCCCUUUUUCUCUCUAUUCUUCUUCUUUUUUAACCGAUUUUCCCCCUCAGAAACGUCUUCCAGUUGGUAAUACCGAUGCAUCCUCUGCGCCAACACACCGGAAUAUGCAAUAGCUGGGGGGGGGCGGCGGGGGGGGCGGCCACCCCUUUGCUUUGCCUCUCUUUUCUUUGUUUUCCUUCCCUUUGGGGGGGUUUGAUUUGUUUUUUCUGCUUCCGGCAACCAAAGGCAGCGAGGCGGGAGGCGGCAGGGACCCCCGGGCCAGAGACCCCCCCAGGAGUCGGGGGGACGCGGUGUCCGGGCGCGGCCGGACCGAGCGGGGUGCGCCGGGCUCCGUGCAGGUGGAGCGGGGAUGGACCCGCAGGGCCGAUUCUGGGCUGGGCACAGGCUCCCACCGCUCCCCUUUAGGAGACCCCCACUUUUUAAUUGGUUUUCAGCGGGGCGCAGGGCCAGGAGGGCUGAGCCCGGCUGCUCUCGUGACAGGAAUGGAACCGUGUGAAUGUAUCUGUGCCUCCCUGGGCUGCUGUCAGGGGGGUCACAGCCUCCCCCCACCUCCACCCCAGCGGCUUCAUCCCCGGGGUCCGGCUGGCGCCGCAGGGAGCGGCAGGAGGUGCCUUCUUGCCGCCUCUCCCUGCUGUGCCCGCUGCCGAGCAGGGGCCCGAUACCCCCUAAAACCCCUGAAUUUGCCUUAAAACCCCAGCGUUCGGCCGGCUGGAGACCCCCGAGCUCCCUGGGGCUGAGAACUGACGCGGUUUGUGACACCGGUGGGCGGGUGGCACCGGCAUCGCUGCUGCUCGGGCAUGAAGAAACGUCGUCGUCAACAGCUUUUAAUUUUUAUUUGUUUGUUUGUUUUGGUUUUGUUCUUUUCUUUUCCUUUUUUGUUUUUUUUUUUUUUUUUUUUGGUGUCCAAAAGUAUUAGUGGGGGGUGACGGGGUGGUCGCUCCCGCCGGGUUUCGCCCACAGUUGAGGCUGGUUUGAGGGUCCCAGACCCUUGGAGGGGAGCCUUGGGAGACGCUUCUUUAUGAGAGGUGCAGUAUUGAUUUCUGCAAGGACAAUGCAAGGAGGGAGUGGGGGCGGCGUCCAGCUGGGGGGUGGGGGGAGGAAUGAAAUAUUAGAAUUAAAAAAAAAAGAAGGGGAAAAGAAGACAAAAUUAAAAAAAAAAAGAGAGUUUUUUUUUAAAUAGAAAAAAAAAACAAAAAACAGAAGGGGGGGUUGAGGGGUUGAGGCCGAAAAAGGCUCAGCUCAAAGCAAAAAAAAAAAAAAAAAUUAAAAAAUUUAAAAAGCAUUUUUAAACAGUGACAGUGACAGCGGAGGGAGGGAGCGGGGCGCACCGGGGGGGCAGCCCCUUCGGCCAGCCCCGGAAAGGCGAGGGGCGCUGGCGCCCCUCAGGCCUGGCCCCCCCGCCCCGUGGAAGCCCCGGAGCCCCCUGUCCCCGCGGGGACACCGCCGGGGCCGUCCCCUGCCCCGUCUUUGCUGCCUCCCCACCUCCCGGGCCAGCUGCAAGUCCGGCCGGGCUGCGGCCGCAGCCCCCCAAAACCCGCCCUUGGCAAGGAAAGCACCUUAAACCAAAUUCAAAAAGGCAAAAAAGAAUCAACUCGACGCCCCCCAGCCAGUACGGCGGCACUGGGGGGGGGCGUGCCGGGGGCUUCCCCUUGAGGGGCCGGGGAGCCCCCCGUGCCCCCGGGGUCUUUGCACUUCUCCCCCGACACCCCCGGGGCCGCACCCCCGGCUCUGCCCAAAGGGAAUAUGCAACACCCCCGGUCCCUCCGCGGGGGAGGGGGCACCACUGAUUUUUAUUAUUUCUAUUUUUUUAAUUAUUCUCCCUUCUUUUUUUUAUCUUCUGGCGGCCUCGAUGGCCACGGUCGGGGUGAGCGCAAAGCCGGGGUAGAGAACACCUCAUCCCUGGGGAAGCUCUGGGGGGGUCCCCCGCAGGAUGGGGAUACGAGGGGGCUCCGCUCGACAAUCACCGCGGGGGUUUCAUGCACUACAGUCUCUCCUAGAGGGUUUUUAGUCGGGCUCGUCGGCUUAAAAAAGUUAAUUAAAAAUAGUCCUUGUGACCUAUAAAUAAAACAAAUAACCUGUACAUAUAUAUAUAUAUAUAUAUAUCUAUAUAUAUAUAUAUAUUUCCACAUAUAUAUAUAUGGGGCUGCAGGGCCGGGGGGGGGGGCGCAGACCCCCACGCAGUUAAGGUACUUUAAAUCGCAAAGGAAUAUAUAUAUAUAUAUAUAUAUAAAAAUAUAUAUAUAUAUAUAUAUAUAUAAAAUCUCAUAUAUAUAUGUAUAUGUAUAUGUAUAUGUAUAUGUAUAUGUAUAUGUAUAUGUAUAUGUAUAUGUAUAUGUAUAUGUAUAUGUAUGUCUUGUUUGGUGGGGUUUGGGCUUUUUCCUUUUUUUUUUUUUAUUUUGGUUUUUGUUUGGUUCUGUUUUUGUUUUGUUUUGGUUGGUUUUUUUUGUACUCGGAGUUUGGAAUUUGCUGCUUUCUGCCCCCACGGGUACCCCUCCACCGGCUGGGAUGGGUGCCCCCGGUGAUGGGUGCCCCGGGAGAGGUCCAUGGUGACCUCUUGGUCCCCUGUGCGGUGCCCAUGGGUAUCACUGUGGGUGCUCCAGGUGAUACCCGCGGGUGCUCCACCGGGUGCCCAUGGGGUCCCACGGGUGUUCCAGGGGAUGCCCCUCUGGGUGUCCCCUGGGCGCCCCAGGUGAUGCCCAUGGGUGCUCCUCUGGGUGCUCCAGGUGAUGCCCGCGGGGGCCUCUCUAGGUGCCCCAAGGGGUGCUCACGGGUGCCCCUCCGGGCGCCCCAGGCGAUGCCCAGGGGUGCCCCGCUCCAUGGGUGCCGCUCUGGGUACCGCGUGCCCCGCUGGGCGCCCCGCGCGAUGCCCGGGGGCAGGCGGGAGGUGGAGCCGGGGUCGGGGGAAAUCCCACCCCAGGGCAAAGAGCGGCAAAAGGACAGAAACCGCCCCAAAAAGGCGUCGAGGCGGCAGCCGGCCGGACCGCGCCUCUUACCCAAACCAAAAAUCCCGCCGCAGUGCCUCCGCGCCGCCGGCUGCCCCGCCCGCCUUUUCGGGGGGUCCGCGCUCCCCCGGGGUCGGGGGUGCCCCCUCCCCGCAGUUAUAUUUUACUCGUUCGCCGGAUUCUCGCUUUCGCUUUGCCGCAGCCGAUACACACCGCGAGCGCACCAGGGCCGCGAACCGGGGCCGGGCCCCCCGCGCCCCCUGGCCCCGCAUGAUCCCCCCCGACCCCCGCUCGCCUCCCUGGUGCUUCACGAUAUUUGAUUAUACCAUUGUACGCAGCCAUUACCGAUAGCGCCGCUCCUGCCUACAUACACUUACUGACCCUGAUACGGAUUUGGGUGGGUUUUUUUUUGUUGUUUUCUUUUUUUGUUUUGUUUCUUUUGUUUUGGUUUUGUUGGGGUUUUUUUUCCCUUUUUUUUUUUUUUGUUGUUGUUGUUGUUUCCCCCCCUCCCCUAUGCAAAAAAGAGAAAAAAGAGACAAAAAAGAAGAAAAAAACAAAAAAGAAAAAACUGACACACAAAAAAAAAUUAAAAAAUGAAAACGAAAAAAAAAAGACAAAAAAAAAAAAGUAUAAAAAUUAAACAAGCUAUGCUUCAACUCCA